GCUGUGCUUCCUCUGGUCGAUUAGGACCUUCACUUCAAUGAACCCCUAUUUGGCCUCACGGGAACCGUCAAAUAUCUGCUCAACCAAUCUCGGACCAGAACUUCAGUAUCAUGGUAUCAGAGCAGAAACAACAAUUAAAAUGCUACAGCAAUCGUUCAUGGUAUAUACGCCUGAGGCAGAGUUGGAGUUUGAUACCGCUAUGUACCAGUUUAGCAGCCCUGGCGAUGGGAUGGUACCUCCCUAUGUCCCGAUUUGAAGACCCAUUAGAAAAUUCGUUGGAUUUUUUUCGGUCGAUCGAUAAAGACAGUGCCUGGGUGAGUCACCGAGAGGAGGUGAAAGGUGCCUUCGUCACCAGUUGGGAUGCGUACACGAAAUAUGCCUGGGGGCAGGAUCGUUUCCACCCAAUCUCCAAAACGGGCUCUCAGAUGAGUCCCGACGGUCUAGGGUGGAUGAUCGUCGAUAGCUUAGGUACCCUGAUGAUCAUGAACCUGACCACUAGUCUGUCCGAGGCACGGGAAUGGCUUCAGCAUAGCUUGACUUACGAUAAAAAUCAGGACGUAAACACCUUUGAGAUGACCAUCCGAAUGCUUGGGGGCCUGUUGUCUGCGCACUACCUGUCCACUGCACUCUCAGAUGUGUCAUCCCACAAUGAUCAUAUCUACCUAGCCAAAGCAGUCGACCUAGCAGACCGGCUUCUCGGCGCAUAUAAAUCCAAAUCCGGCAUCCCAUAUGCCAGCGUCAAUCUCGGAACCAAAGAAGGGCUUCGGUCCCACGCAGAUGGCGGAGCUUCCUCAACUGCCGAGGCCACCACUGUCCAGCUAGAGAUGAAAUAUCUGGCCUUUCUUACUGAGAACGAGAUUUACUGGCGCAAAGCCGAGCGCGUUAUGGAGGUUGUAGAUAGUCACCGCAUGCAAGACGGCCUCCUACCUAUUUUUGUGCACCCAGACACCGGGAACUUUCACUACAAGGAAAUUCGUCUCGGGAGUCGUGGGGAUUCAUACUAUGAAUACCUCAUCAAACAAUAUCUCCAAACCUCUGGGCAGGAACCCGUGUACCGCGAGAUGUGGGAAGAAGCUCUAGCCGGUAUCCAGCAACAUCUUCUCGCCACUACCAAGCAUUCAAAUCUCCAGUUCAUUGCCGAGCUCCCACAGGGUAUUGGUCGACCACAAUCCCACAAGAUGGAUCAUCUCGUUUGCUUCUUACCGGGGUCAAUCGCGAUCGGCGCGACUGAGGGCCUGACUGAAGCGGAAGCACGCAGGCUACCUAGCUGGAAUUCCAAGAAAGAACAACAAAUGCAACUGGCGCGGGAGCUCAUGAAAACAUGUUGGGCAAUGUACGCAGUGACGAACUCUGGUCUAGCCCCAGAGAUAGCCUGGUUCAAUGCCAAUGACGACGACGGCAUCCGAUCAUCCUCUCGACCCAAAAGCGGAGACGAUAAAUCCGCCUGGAAGAAAGACCUGAUCAUCAAACCUCGGGAUGCGCAUAACCUACAGCGACCCGAGACCGUGGAAAGCCUUUUCCUCAUGUAUCGAGUGACAAACGACCCUAUCUAUCGCAAAUGGGGAUGGAAAAUCUUCCAGGCGUUCCAGAAGCACACGGUUGUGGGUGACGGGGAGGGGUACACUUCUUUGCAGGAUGUCACGACUGUUCCGGCACCGCAACGCGAUAACAUGGAGAGCUUUUGGCUGGCCGAGACCCUGAAAUAUCUCUAUCUUCUUUUUUCGCCCAGGGAAUUCCUCCCGCUCACCGAGGUGGUUUUCAACACCGAGGCCCAUCCCUUGCCUCGAUUCAAGCAGACCAGGUUCCAGACGGGCUGGAAGCGGAGGAUACCUUCUUAGGUCUUUCUCAUUUGGACUUUGGUUGUGAAGCGAUCUCAAGGCAGGCACUCGGAGAUUAGGCAAGGAUUGAUGAAGAUAGUCAGGAUAUUGCAGAGAUCGACUAUAUGGAGACUAGGUACCUAUGUAUAGAAAGGUUGACGAAUUAUAUGACGAAGCAAAUGUAUACACUGC